UUUCGAGACAUAAAAAAAAAGAGUCGUUUAUGCAAUAAAUGCACACUUGCUAAAAUAAUCACGUUCCAGAGAGUUUUCUGAAACUGAUCGUUUCCUUUAUUUUGCUUUGUGCUUCCUUCCCUUAAAUACACAUUUCACUCUGUUAUCAUCGAAUUUUUUCUCGUUUUGUCUCUUUGAAAUCUCUCCUUUUUUUUUUUUUUUUUUGUUCGUUGAGAAGAAACAAUGGUUAUGGCUAUGGAUCGGAUCGCUUUGUUCUCUUCCUCAUCAUCUGUUUAUCAUCGUUCUUCUCAUUCUCAUGGCUCCAAAUCAUCCAGAGUUUCCAUGGCUUCCACUAUUCGUUCCGACUCUUCAGAGGAUACAAAUGGAAGGAAACCGUAUAUCCCUCCUCGAGAGGUUCAUCGUCAAGUGAAAUAUUCAAUGCCACCACAAAAGCUGGAGAUUUUCAAGUCCUUAGAAGGAUGGGCUAAUGAGAACUUGUUGACUAAUCUAAAACCCGUUGAGAAAUCAUGGCAGCCAACAGAUUUUCUCCCUGAACCUGAGUCAGAAGGAUUCUAUGACCAAGUUAAGGAGUUAAGAGAAAGAUGUAAGGAGCUUUCUGAUGACUACUUCGUAGUGCUUGUUGGUGAUAUGAUCACAGAGGAAGCACUUCCGACAUAUCAGACUAUGAUUAAUACAUUGGACGGGGUUAGAGAUGAGACUGGAGCAAGUCCUACUCCUUGGGCUGUAUGGACAAGGGCCUGGACUGCUGAAGAGAAUAGACAUGGUGAUCUUCUUAACAAGUAUCUUUACCUGUCUGGACGAGUAGACAUGAGACAGAUUGAAAAAACUAUUCAAUACCUCAUUGGUUCUGGAAUGGAUCCAAAAACUGAAAACAAUCCUUACCUAGGAUUCAUCUAUACUUCUUUUCAAGAAAGAGCAACAUUCAUCUCCCAUGGAAACACUGCCAAACUGGCAAGGGAUCUUGGAGACUUGAAACUUGCUCAGAUUUGUGGCACCAUUGCUGCUGAUGAGAGGCGCCAUGAACACGCCUACACCAAGAUUGUAGAAAAGCUAUUUGAAGUUGAUCCUGAUACCACAAUCGUGGGCUUUGCUGACAUGAUGAAGAAAAAGAUCUCGAUGCCUGCUCAUUUGAUGUACGAUGGUCGUGAUGAUAAUCUAUUUGAUCACUUCUCGUCCGUGGCCCAGAGACUUGGUGUCUACACUGCCAGAGACUAUGCUGAUAUACUGCAAUUUCUUGUGCAAAGGUGGAAUGUGGAGAAGUUGUCAGACCUUUCUAGUGAAGGGCACAGGGCCCAGGACUAUCUCUGUGGAUUGCCUGCUAGGAUCCGCAAACUUGAAGAGAGGGCUCAAGGGAGAAGCAAAGAAGCUGCAAAAAACAUACCAUUCAGCUGGAUAUUUGGUCGAAAGAUCAGGGCUUAAAAGAAGUAAUGUUAUGUGCUUCCAUAUUACAAUCCCAAGCGAGCUAUAAAGAUCUUCACCAACACCAUGAUGAAGAGGCCAGAAGAUUGUUAUGUUGGAAUGUGUGUAGAGAAAGUAUGUGUUAGGCUUUGCUUUGUUUGGAUCACCACUUAAAUGACUUCCUCCAAAGAAUUUGCUUUAUUUUGACGAUUUUAUUUAUUUAUUUCUGCUCCUCUAUUUGUUGCUAGUAUUGUAUCCAAUUGUCUAAUGCUUUUUCUGAAUCCAAUAAGAUUUAUUUAUAAGUA